GUGGGCUCAGGUUGAGAGCGCGCUUUAGCUGCUCGUGCCACAAGAGAUUUGCAAAGAAGCGUUAGCGAAAAAGCUGCAACAUAUUUCAAUGUCUUUAUUAUUUCCCCCUCUAUUUUUCUCCACUUAUGUUAACUUUGUAUCGAAACGAAUGAUGGCAUGGACUUUGCAUGAUGAGGAAGGCAUUUAAUAUCGGAUGUCAACAGCAUUUUACGCACAGGUUCAACACCGUGGAAGGGAUGCAUUUGCUGUCACUUUUUGACGAAUGUCAAUUUAGCAUUGCUUAUUUGUUGGAAAACUAUAUUUCAUUGUGAUAGGGCGUUCAGUUGCAUGCAAUGGCAUUUAUAUAAUCGUUGUCAGUAUUUGUUUGUAGGCUUAAUUAUUUGAACCGCCUGACAAACAUCAACGUCAUUGAUGUAGGACAAGAGGACUGAUGAAUCGGUGCAUUGCUUGAUCCAGUUCCUUCUGGACAAGAUCUGGGGAUGAGUAGAUAGGCUAUUAGACAACCAUUACCGGGUUUAUGUAGAUCGGCUCGGUCUUCACUUAACAUAGAAUAAUUCGGCUUUACCGCAGGCUGCUAGUAAAGCCUCAACCAUGUAUGCUGGACGGAAAAGAAGAAAACCGAUGCAAAGAGGCAUCGAAGUGAAAGACCAAAAAGAGAAACAGACAGCUCCAUCUGAAGGGACCAAGUCUAACCCAUCAAAGCGCCACCGAGACCGUCUGAACUCUGAGUUAGACCGUCUGGCCAGUCUACUGCCCUUCCCAGAAGAGGUCACCUCCAGCUUGGAUAAACUCUCUAUCUUACGGCUCAGCGUGAGCUACCUGAGGACCAAGAACUUCUUCUCAGUUGCCCUGAAGACCCACGCUUGCAAGGGUUUGAAGGCCAACGGUGGUAACCAUGACAACGGCAAGACAACGGGAUUGGUGGAUGGCUGGAUGCCCGAGGGUGAACUCCUAUUGCAGGCCCUCAAUGGUUUUGUCCUGGUCAUCACUGCAGAGGGGAUCAUAUUCUACUCCUCUCACACCAUUCAGGAUUACCUGGGAUUCCACCAAACGGACGUGAUGCACCAGAGUGUGUUUGAUCUGAUCCACACUGAGGACCAGCAGGAGUUUAGGAGGAACCUCCACUGGGCUCUCGACCCCCCGGCCGCGCCCCAGCAGGCGGAGUCACCCCCAGAUGGAAAGCCAGUCCCCAGCUCAUCCCUGGUGACCUAUAACCCCGAUCAGUUGCCUCCAGAGAACUCCUCCUUCCUGGAGAGGAACUUCGUCUGUCGCUUCCGCUGUCUCCUCGACAACUCCUCUGGCUUCCUGGCCCUGACCCUCCAGGGCCGUCUGAAGUUCCUGCAUGGCCAGAACUGCCACCUGGAUGACGGCUGCAACGUGCCCCCCCAACUAGCCCUGUUUGCCAUCGCUACCCCCCUCCAGCCUCCAUCCAUCCUGGAGAUCAGGACCAAGAACAUGAUCUUCAGGACCAAACACAAGCUGGACUUCACCCCCAUGGCCUGCGACGCCAAGGGGAAGAUCGUGCUGGGCUACACUGAGGCUGAGCUCCGGGUUCGAGGCUCUGGAUACCAAUUUAUCCAUGCAGCUGAUAUGCUCUACUGUGCUGAGAACCACGUCCGCAUGAUAAAGACAGGAGAGAGCGGGCUGACGGUGUUCAGACUGCUCACUAAGGAUAACCGCUGGAGGUGGGUCCAAGCCAACGCCAGACUGGUCUACAAGAACGGCAAGCCUGACUACAUUAUCGCCACCCAGAGGCCCCUGGUGGAGGAGGAGGGAGGAGAGCACCUGAGGAAGCGUUCCAUGCACCUCCCCUUCACCUUCGCCACGGGCGAGGCGCUUCUCUACCAGAGUAGCUACCCCAUCCACGGCCUCACCGACUCACUCCAGACUAAAGGCAAGACCAAGUCCAAGAAGGGCAAGCUGGACAAGAACUCGUCGAAGGAUCACGGUGGACUGGACCCGAGCUCCCUGCUUGGGGCACUGAUGAGGCAGGAUGAGUCCGUAUACGUGUGCCAACCAGCCGUCGAGCCCAAGAUGUCCUUCCACAGUAGUCUGUUUAGUGAGCGAGGUGAGGGGGAAGGGCAGAGCAGUGGAGGCUAUAGCGGUGGCCCUCUGGGUGGGGGUGUGGGAAAGAGCUGGAGCUUCUUGCCCAACACGGUCACCACCUCCACUGGCCCCAACGGGGAGCCUCCAUCCAGCUUCGACCCACUGCUCACCACCCUGGACUCACUCUCUCUGGAGGGGGACGAGACAUGCUCUAACAGCGAGCUGUUCUCUGCUCUGGAGAACCUGGGUCUGAACGCAGAGGAUCUGGAGCUACUGCUGCUGGAUGAGAGGAUGAUCAGAGUGGAGAUGGAUCCGGACUACAUCCCCUCGCUCAACGACCUGCUCACCAACAACGAGAUCCUGUCCUACAUCCACGACUCGCUGGAGAACAAGACCGAGGAGGACCAGGGUCGGGACAGUCACGUGUCCAUACCACCACCCUCAACCACAACCCAUCCCCCUGGCCCUGUCCUUAAUUCCACCCUUAUCCCGAACCCUUAUAACCAAGCCACCCCCACGUUACCCCCUCACAGACUACCAAAGCAGCCACCCAUAGUGCAGCUCUCCCAGCAGAUGCAGACGCACCUCAACUUAGCAAAGCCCGUUCUGGCAAAAUACCCCUGGCCCCCGACACAAACGGACGUCCCCACGCCAAGCCAGCCGGACACACUGCAGCACACAAACUCACUAACCGUGGUCCAUAAUGGUCACUGGCUUCCCCAGCAGCAGCAUAUGCAUGCGGGGCUGGACGACCACUGCCACAGCAUUCACCCCCUGGUCAACGGUAAGACAUCCCAGCUAGGGCCUCAAGGGGCCGGACAGCUCAAAAACCACCAGCACCAGAACAUCAUCCAUCUUCAGAGCCAGUGGCAGCAGCAGAACCAGCACCUACAGGUCCAGCUUCAGUCUCAGUGCCAUUUCAGACAGCAGAAGGCUAGUAGCAGCAGCAGUGCCUCUCUCAACGGCGUGCACCCUGAUCCCGAUUGGCAGAGGUACGGCUACAACGACCAGUUGGGACUGACAGCUAAUGGAGCUAACGGAGCGUGCACCGUCUCCUACACCAACGGGCGCGCGGACACCCUCUCACAUGCUACAGGAGGUGAGGUCACCCGCACGGAUUACGGUAUGGGUGCUUCGACUACCGUGGGCAUGGUCAUGAACUGGGGUACGGUGGGGGGCACAGGUCACUACCAGGGACAAGGAGGGGUGACUGCUAACCCCUCAGACCAUCUGGAGCAUCACAAACAACAUUAUCCACAGGUCCCAUCCACCUACUUAGAUUACGUCCUGGGGCUAUCACAGCCUCAACACACCACGCCUUCUCUGGGCGCCUACGGCGUUUUGAAUAGCCCCGCUUCCCAAGAUGCCACUCACUGCAAGAUGGAGAGCGGCUGCAUCCUCAACGACACCAACGUGGCUUACACAGGGAGCUGUCUACUGCCCAAUGUGAACGGCCAGACAGCCAGCGACAGUCUCCACCCCCAGCCCGACGCCCUACAGACCCUGCCCACCCUCCCAGACCCACAGACUACUGGCUUCUACCUCUGAGAGGGGGGACGGGUGUGUGUGUGUGUAUCAGUGCAAAGAGAGACCAUUGGACCAUUUUGUCAGGGGGCAUAAAAAAAUAAACAGAGAGGCAUAGAAUCAAAAGAAGAAGAAUCAAACUGAACUGUGGAUGUUACGACUUUCGAUGUAACAUUCUCUCCAUUUUCAUUUGUGUGCGACGGACUCAGGACUCCGGGAAAGAGCUCAGGAUAGUGUCUCUGCACUCUGACAGUCGUUUCCCCACUAGCACACAGCUCAGGGGAAAACAAAUGCAUCUUCUCAUGUUGUUACACAUUUUUUUUAUGAAGGGUAAGGUUGGUUGAGAGAGCGGCGGUUUCUUCACCACUGUGAAUUUCAUGCUUUUUCUUUAUGGUUUACAAAAUACAGUUUCCGACAAAGAUUUUAAACAAGACUGUGAGAAGAGACAUGUUUUACCACUGUCAUAGCUACAGUACUGCGCUUCAGUAUAACUUGUUAAAGGAGGGAAAGUGAAUGUGGGUAUGGAAAGGAUGGAGAAGUAUUGAUAUGGAGAUUAAUAUUCAUUAUGAAGAAUGAUGAGACGUAUUGAUUGAUUGAAGGAGCUGGAUGUCUGAAAUUAUUGUGAGGUAGAUUACAAAUGUUCCGUGUGUUUUGUUGUGUCAUCUGUCCAUAGAGAGGAAGAGGAAUUGAUUCAGGCUUAUCAUUUUGCUUUUGGUGAUCUACGUGUUGGUAAAAUAGUAUUUAGGUUGUCCUCUUACGUGUUAUUGAGAUUGGAUAUGUGAAACAGAUCCCAUAUUAUGGUCAAAUGGUAUCUAAAUAUGAAGAGGGAGAGCAGAUCGGAGGAAGGGAUGACCGUUUUGGUGUUUGUUUAUUUCCAUGCUGCAUUUUAGCCUGGAAGAAGUUUACGUUACCAGUACAAUGAUGUUGUGUAUUUAUUUAAAUGGCACUCAAAUCAACCGAAGCAUUUUCUUCUUUUCUUGACCGGCUACAGUGUGAAAUCACUCAGUAAAUUAAGUUCCGGAAUACAGUAGAUAGCUUUAAUUCACUAAAUUCAGAAGUAAACAAACAAAUUCCAGAUCCAUCGUUCCUCAUUGAAAAGCGUUGAGAAAAAUAUAAAUUUGGAUUUAAGUCGAUUUCCUGAAUUGAAAUGAAAUUGAGCUAAACAAACCGUAUUCGCUGCCGAUGCCAAGAGGCAGAGGAACGGGAACGGCAGUUUCUGACGUUACGAGAGAGGUCGUUUCAGUGGGCCUCCUCGCUUACAGGGCCCCAAGUGAUUCCAUCAUGGUCAUCUAUCACAGUGGUUCUCAAACCUCUCCUCGGGGACUCCCAGAAGAGUCACAACUCCGUUGUAGCCCUGAACUAGCUCACCUGGUUCACUUGGUCAAGGGCUUGAUGAUUAGUUGACGAGUUGAAUCAGCUGGGCUAGCUUUAGAAUAGAUCAAAAGCGUGGAACAGGUGCGGGUCCCCAGGAGAGGUUUGAGAACCACUGAUGUAUCGCACUGAAGACCUAUUCCAUGAGGAUUGACUCUGUCAUACGCAGACUCAUGAGCAUUGAUACAAAAACCAAAUGAGAGGACAAGUCUUUUAAAGAGAUUCUGUAUUGAAAAGUUGCAAUGUUGAAUGUGUUGUGUAUAUUGUAAAAGAGUUGUAAAAAAUAUCCUAUUUGCAGUAUUUCGUUAUUAAAAAGUGCUGAAUUUUAUUUAUUAAUAUUGGUAGCGUUAGAAUUUUCUCCGUCCUAAAUGGCACUCUAUUCUCUACAUAGUGCUAUACUUUUAACCAGAGCCCUAUGGACCCUGGUCAAAAGUAGUGCACUAUAUAGGGAAGUGGUUGCCAUUUGGGAUGUAACUUAUUACAUAAAUGUCACAAACAAAUGCAUUUACAGACUUGCCUCUCUCUUUAUAUUUGUUUGUUUGUCUUUUUUUGUAUACAGACAUUUCUUAUAUGAAAUAGAUUUAUUUAAAUCAACCAGGAGGUAUAUGUAAAAAUAAAAAAGCAAGGUGACAAUCAAUAACAACAAAAAUUGCUUUUUAAAAAACUGUUGUGUAAAUAGUAAGGUAAUUUUUAUGACAUUUGUUGCAAACACUACUUUAAAAGCACUGCUUCUUUCAAGCAAUUUUUCUCUAGCACAAAAAAGUAGGCUUGUAGAAAAUAAUUUUGGACUCAAUAUUAUAUGACUACAGUACCUACAGUUCUGUGUUUUAUUUCAAAGUCAUGUUUGGAGAACUUUUUGUGAUUUUUACUCAAAAGAAUAUGGUGCCAUAGUGGUGACAUACUGGAGACACAUCCCAGAUUUUAAUGUUUUAUGUUUAAAGAUACAAUGGUGUCAUUGUUCUUUUUUUAUCACGUUGAAUUUAUUUUGAUAUUCUAACACACAAAGUUAUUGUAAAUGUAAAAAAAAAAAAAAAAAAAAAAAAGCAGUUCAAAUGUUAAAAUAUACUAUUUGAUCCUGGAAAUAAAGGAUUUGUGCAAUCACAGUU